ACAAAAAAGGAAUUCCCCUGUAGAUUAUCUCCAGAAUUCCCGCAAGAAAGCGCCAGGAAGAGGAAGAAAAAACAAUGGGAGAUUUAUACGCUUUGGACUUCGAUGGAGUUCUCUGCGAUAGUUGUGGAGAGAGCUCCCUGUCUGCCGUCAAGGCUGCCAAAGUGAGGUGGCCGGGUUUAUUUGACGGUGUGGAUUCGGUCAUGGAAGAUUGGAUUGUUGAUCAGAUGCACACAGUGCGACCUGUGGUUGAAACUGGGUAUGAGAAUCUACUACUUGUGAGGUUGUUGGUGGAGAUGAGAGUACCUUUUAUUCGGAAAUCUUCGGUUGCAGAGGGACUAACCGUAGAAGGAAUAUUAGAAAACUGGUCAAAACUAAAGCCAGUAAUCAUGGAAGAAUGGAAUGAAAACAGGGAUGCUUUAAUUGAUCUUUUUGGAAAGGUUAGGGAUGAAUGGAUGGACAAUGACUUGGCAACUUGGAUUGGUGCAAAUAGGUUUUACCCUGGUGUUCCUGAUGCCCUUAAAUUUGCAAGCUCAACUGUAUAUAUAGUCACCACAAAACAGAGCCGGUUUGCAGAUGCUUUAUUACGAGAGCUUGCAGGAGUAACUAUCCCCCCUGAAAGGAUAUAUGGCUUGGGAACUGGGCCCAAAGUGAAAAUUCUGAAGCAACUGCAACUGAGACCAGAACACCAGGGGAUGAAACUACACUUUGUGGAAGAUCGACUUGCGACCCUGAAGAAUGUCAUCAAAGAGCCAGAAUUAGAUGGAUGGAACUUGUAUCUAGGGGACUGGGGAUAUAACACUCAAAAAGAGAGAGAAGAAGCAGCUAGCAUUCCCAGAAUUCAGCUACUCCAGCUCUCUGACUUCAGUAAGAAGCUCAAAUAGUCAAUGGCAUCACCCUUCUGUUUUUUCUCCAAUAUUAGAUAAACAAUUGAUUUAUCAGUGCCGAUUGACACUACAAGUAUAAAACAUGAUUUAAUUAAAAUAAAUUUUCUAUCUCCUCUUUGUGGAGCUCUGGAACUUAUUUAAGAGAAUACUCAUGAAUAAAGUGAUAUUUUUGUCUA